AAUAUUAUUAAAACAAUUAAAAACUCGCCAAAAGCAAGUAAUUUAUCUAAUUUUAUUUUCUGAAAAUCUCGUUCUCUACUUUCCUCGAUCCUUCGAUUUUCUCACCAACCAAAUAACAUAUCACUGUUUAGGGUUUUGGUUUUUACUAUUAUCUUCCUCCAAACCCAAGCGAGAUUUUUCCGUCAUUUCUUCACAACCAUACAGAUCACAACUGCCCCUCUUUCGUUCUUAAUGUAAAAUGUCAAAUCUCGGUGACGAUUUCUCUCAAUUCGAUAUAUCAAAAGAGGAAAAAGACAAACUUGUUGCAGAAGUAGUUCGUUACAUACUGUUCAAAACACAUCAAAAUUCAGGAUGUCCAAUUAAAAGGGAAGAACUCUCUCAAUUAGUCACUAAAAACUAUCGUCACCGCUCGCUUCCUGCUUAUAUCAUUAACGAGGCUAAAGCCAAACUCUCCACCAUUUUUGGUUACGAAUUAAGGGAACUUCAAAGAUCACGUCCUUCUUCCACAAACCACUCCCGAUUGUCUCAACAGAGUGGAGUUGAUGCCAAAUCCUAUGUUGUCAUAAGCCAGUUACCAGCUGAGGUGUAUAAGAAAUAUGUUGAGGAUGUUAAUACAUCUCAUCUUACUGGUUUUACUUUUGUUGUGAUCAGUAUUGUGCAGCUUUCCGGAGGUAAAAUUGCUGAAGAUAAUCUUUGGCAUCAUUUGAAGAGAAUGGGAUUGCAUGAAACUGAUGAAAACCACCCAGUUCUUGGUAAUGUGAAGCAGGUAUUGGAGACGCUUGUCCAGCAAAGAUAUUUACAGAAAGAUAAGGUCAGUGGCCCUGAAGGUACUACUUUGUUUUAUGAGCUUGCUGAGAGAGCUCUAGAUGGAACCGUAAGUGACAGGGUUAAGCAACACAUAUCACAGAUUGUAAAGAAAGAUGAUGCCACCGUGGAUAUCUUAUAAUUGCUUGAUGCUAGCUAUUACCGAGUAAUUGGAGAAGGUUUAGGAGCCUUUCUAGUCAUUUAGGUGCUGCUGCAUUUGCUGUUGUUUUUUUUGUUCAUUGCUUGCCUGGUGCCCUCCUGCUAUUUAUGUAUAUCUGUGAGAGUGACACCGGUUCUUGGGGUUCUAAUGGGAUCGGUUUAAAGCAAUUGUUCAAACAGGAAAUACCGAUUCCUUUUAAUUAGACAGUAUCUAUAUUACCUUGAGAUUACCCGUGCUCAAGUGGAUGACACUUUGCUGUUUAUACCAUAACGCGAAUCCUCUUUAUACGGAGUAAGAUUUUGUGUCGCUUCUAAUCACGGAAAGAUGAAUCAUUGCAUCAGAAGCUAUGUAGCCGAGCAAGAUGGUGGCCUAUUAUGGUCAUGGAUGACAACUGCAUCAAAGGGACCUCGAUCUGAUGCUCAAGUACAUGUAUUCAAAUCUGUCCAGUCCAAAAUUUUAUCCAAUCCGUAAGGUUUUUUAUGUUCAAUCCUGAUUGAGAAAA